AUGGCGAUGAUCUCGGCUGGAGCGCGCACCCUGAAUCCCUUUCUCAGGAAGCGGCAGCCUACGUUCCUUAGUCAGCGUGCUGCUCUGAGACGCGGCCCUGUGCACGUGGCCGCGUCCAUCGCAGUUGCUCACCAGUACGGCUAUGUGAUCGCGUCGACGGCUUUCACAGCGGCGGUGCUGCAGUGGCAGGCAAUCCGCGUGGCGAUCGCGCGCAGGAAGUACAACGUCGCCUAUCCCAAGAUGUACGCAGAGGGCGAGGGCGAGGAGGCGCAGAUCUUCAACUGCACGCAGCGGUCUCACCAGAACACGCUCGAGACGGCCCCCGCCAUGCUGGUCAUGACUUGCAUGCUGGGGCUGGUGUACCCGGUCAGCGCUGCCAUCCUGAACGCUGUGUGGUCGGUGGGGCGCAUAUUCUACGCCACCGGCUACAGCACAGGCGACCCCAGCAAGCGUAUGACGGGCGCCGGCAUCUCAGGGCUGUCGUACCUCGGCUGCAUCAUCGCCACACUGGUGGUUGGCCUGCGCACUGCGCUCGCCGCGUAG